UGGCCCCGCCCCCUCGCCCCGCCCCGGCUAACAGGCUAGGCUAACAGGCUAGCGCUGCUCAGACCGGCUCCGUCACCUCCCGGUGCUGUUGGACCGCCCGAACCCGACCCGAACCGAACCCGAACCCGAACCCCGACCCCGACCCGGACCCCGACCAGAACCAGAACCCGCCCCGGACCCGCCCCGCGGCCCCGCUGAGAAGAUGAUCAAGCUGUUCUCGCUGAAGCAGCAGAAGAAGGACGAGGAGUCUGCCGGGGCGAACCGAGCCGGAACCGGGGGCAAGAAGGCCAGCGCGGCCCAGCUCCGGAUACAGAAAGACAUCAACGAGCUGAACCUGCCCAAGACGUGUGAGAUCAACUUCCCCGAUGACGACGACCUGCUCAACUUCAGACUCAUCAUCUCCCCGGACGAGGGUUUCUACAAAGGAGGAAAGUUCGUCUUCAGCUUUAAGGUAGGACAGGGAUACCCCCACGACCCCCCCAAAGUAAAGUGUGAGACCAUGGUGUAUCACCCCAACAUCGACCUGGAGGGAAACGUCUGCCUAAACAUCCUGAGAGAGGACUGGAAACCGGUUCUGACGAUAAACUCCAUCAUCUACGGCCUUCAGUAUCUGUUUCUGGAGCCGAACCCCGAGGAUCCCCUCAACAAGGAGGCGGCUGAAGUCCUGCAGACCAACCGGCGGCUGUUUGAGCAGAACGUCCACCGCUCGCUGCGGGGGGGCUACGUGGGGGCCACCUACUUCGAGAGAUGUCUUAAAUAACUCGCCGUGCCCCCCCCGACACCCCCCCUCGCCCCGCUCCCCCCCAACCCCCCCGUCAAACCCCCCCACCCCGCGGGAGCAGCCAGAGAGCAGCACGCCAAAGACGCUCUCAUGCUUCUGCACCAAGAAGAAGAAGAAGAAGCCCCGCCCCCUGCCCCGCCCCCCCUCUGCGUCUCCUCCCAUGAUCCUCGGCUUCAUGUCCAAGACGCUGAGCUCAACCGCUCAGCCACUGGGGGGCGCCGACGCACGGCUCGCCUCAGUCUGCAGGGGGAAGAUGGCCGACGAGGCCUCCUCUCAUUGGCUCCACCCAUCAGAAGGACACGCCCCCUCCCUCUCAUUGGCUCCACUCGUCAGGACACGCCUCCUCUCAUUGGCUCCACGCAUCAGAAGGACACGCCCCCCCCUCCCCUCUCCCUCCGUUCAUUCGCCAGCAGCAAACUCCAACCUGUUACCCCGGGUUACGCCUCACGGGGGGCGGGGUUUAGACAUGGUUGCCUAGCAACCGAGGGGGGAGGAGUUUGUACAUCGGAGAGAGCAGAUGAGCCUUAAAAAAAUGUUCCUGAAUAAAUUUCGCAGCUUUUAACUUGAAGCGUACGGCGGUGGGCGGGGCUCAGUCUGGAUGGGCGGGGCUUCGCUGACGGGGAGGAGGAGCCAGACGAAGCAGCGUUUGUGUUAUGAAAUGUCUGGAUGUUGCUUAUCGUGCUCCAGUCGGGGCUGGG